UCAUCAUCAGCCUGUCACUUUUAUUUUCAUCAACAAAAAUCAAAAACCUGAAGAAAAAAAAAUGCAAUUUUCCUUUUCCUAAAUUAUUAAUGACUGAAAAUAUCAAUUUAACUAAUCCCUAGUGAAAUCCUGAGUGUAGAAUAAUGGCCCGCCAAAUGAGUCAAUUAGAGCGAAAGCUCGCCGAAAAACUGAUAAUCCUCAACGAUAGGGGCGUUGGGAUGCUGACGAGAAUCUACAACAUCAAAAAAGCUUGUGGAGAUGCUAAAUCUAAGCCUGGAUUCCUGUCAGACAAAAACUUGGAAUCUUCUAUCAAAAGUAUUGUCCGUAGGUUCCCCAAUUUGGACUCGAAAAGCCUGACGCCCAUUCAAGGGCUCCGCAAUGAAAUCAUCAAAUCCCUAUCUUUGUAUUACUACACUUUUGUGGAUUUGUUAGACUUUAAAGAUCAUGUUUGUGAGCUUUUAACCACCAUGGACGCUUAUCAAGUUGAAUUAGAUAUUUCUGUUAAUUUUGAACUGUCCAAAAAUUACUUGGACUUGGUAACCAAUUAUGUUUCACUUAUGGUACUUUUAUCAAGAGUAGAAGACCGUAAAGCUGUUUUAGGCUUAUUUAAUGCUGCCUAUGAAAUUGUACAUGGAUCAGCAGACACAAGCUUCCCUAGAUUAGGCUCCAUGAUUAUGGACUAUGAUGUGCCACUCAAAAAACUGUCUGAAGAGUUUGUGCCUCAUUCCAGACUGUUAAGUCAAGCACUAUAUUCACUAAUACCGGUUUAUAUGCCAAGGAACGUUUCAGCAGAUCAAUGGAGAACUGAGCAAAAACUAAGUUUAGUGGGUAAUCCAUCGGUUUUACUUAAACCAGUCCUUUCUGAAAGAAUGAGCUGCGAAUUUUUGUCAAUGGACACAAUGGAAAGAUGGAUUGUGUUUGGUAUAAUGCUAAUACACACUACUCUCAUUGAUACCAGGCAAGAUCACUUCCAUAAACUACUUUUGAAUGCUUUGGAAAGCUUUUGGGUAUUGCCUUUGUUUCGUGACGAAGUUUUACACAUUCAUCAAUAUAUUUGGUCAUUUUUGGAUACAUUUAAAGGAUAUGGCAAAAGAAUAUCUGACAUCAAAGACGCUUAUCAGCAAGCGGUGCAGAAAGCUGGCUACAACCAUAGGGAAAGGAGGAAGUUUUUGAGAACGGCCCUCAAGGAGCUCGGUUUGAUUUUCAUUGAUCAACCGGGUCUAUUGGGUCCCAAAGCCUUGAUGGUGUUUAUGGGACUGUGCUAUGCAAGGGACGAGGUGCUUUGGCUGUUGAGACACAAUGAUAAUCCACCACAGCAUAAAACAAAAGGAAAAUCCACAGAAGACCUCGUCGAUCGCCACCUGCCAGAGCUCCUCUUCCACAUGGAAGAUCUUCGAGUCCUCGUAAGAAAAUACAGCCAAGUAAUGCAACGAUACUAUGUCCAAUAUCUCUCGCACUGGGACGCCAUUUCUCUCAAAGAGCAAAUGCAAAAAUUGCAAACUUGUCCCGAAGAUGAAGCUAUCAUUUUGUCGUCCUUGUGCAAUACCAUUUCCAGUUUGUCAGUCAAGCAAGUGGAGGAAAACGAAACGUUUAACUUUUUCGCGUUCAGAUUGGAUUGGUUUAGGUUGCAAGCCUACACAUCCACGCAACAGUCUAAGUUGAGGCUUAUGGAAUUCAAGCAAUUAGGCCAAUUGAUGGACAUGAUUCAAUUCCAUACGAAAAUGGUUGAUAAUUUAGAUGAAAUGCUUAGAGAAACAUCUGAUUUGUCAAUAUUUUGUUUCUACAGUCGAAUUUUCGAAGACCAAUUUCACAUGUGCUUAGAAUUUCCUGCGCAAAAUCGUUACAUUGUAGCAUUUCCUUCGAUUUGUAGCCAUUUCCAGCAUUGCACUCACGAACUUUGCCCAGAAGAAAGACAUCACAUAAGAGAACGCAGCUUAUCAGUUGUCAACAUGUUUCUAGAUGAAAUGGCCAAAGAAGCGAAAAAUAUUAUCACAGCCAUUUGCGAUGCUCAAUGUAAAAUGAGCGAUAAAUUAUUACCAAAAAAUUGCGCUCAUUUAAUAUCGCAGCAAAUUAAUAGAAAAAAGAAAGAGAAAAACAAAAAAAAUGCUAUCGAAUUUGAAAAACCUGGCAUAGAAAGUUACAGGAAAACUCGUGAAAAUUUAACAACCAUGGAUAAGUUGCAUAUGGCCUUAACUGAGCUUUGUUAUGCAAUAAAUUACUUUUCAAAUAUAAACGUUUGGGAAUAUACUUUUGCCCCACGUGAAUAUUUGCAUCAGCAUUUAGAAAAUCGUUUUGCCAAAGCGUUAGUUGGCAUGGUUAUGUACAACUCGGACACACACGAAAUCGCCAAACCAUCAGAAUUACUUGUUUGUGUGAGGUCUUACAUGAACGUAUUACAAACAGUAGAAAAUUACGUUCACAUAGACAUAACGAGAGUCUUUAAUAAUUGCUUGUUGCAGCAAACUCAAGCCAUGGAUAGCCAUGGCGAAAAAACCAUCGCCUCGAUUUAUACUCAAUGGUAUUCAGAAGUUCUAUUGCGUAGAGUCAGCGCAGGAAAUAUAAUUUUUUCGAUGAAUCAACGUUCAUUUGUAAGUCUCACACUUGAAGGUACAAUUCCAUUCAACCCUGAAGAAUACUCUGAUGUUAACGAGCUUAAAGCUUUAGCAGAGCUUAUUGGGCCUUAUGGCAUGAAGCAAUUAAGCGAAACUUUAAUGUGGCAUAUUGCAAGUCAAGUUAUCGAAUUGAAAAAACUAGCUGAUAGUAAUAAGGAUGUUUUGUUGCUGUUGAGAACAAAUUUCGAUAAACCUGAAGUUAUGAAGGAGCAAUUUAAAAGACUGGCAAAUGUUGAUAAUGUUUUACAACGAAUGACUAUUGUUGGAGUUAUAUUGAGUUUCAGACAAUUGUCUCAAUCUUGUUUGACUGAUGUUUUAGAGCAACGCAUUCCGUUUUUGUUAAGUUCUAUUUUAGAUUUUCGUCAUCAUUUGCCAUCCGGAGAUCCAAUGAAAGUGGUGAGUGAAAUGACUUCUGCUGCAGGUUUGUGUUGUAAGGUUGAUCCUACUUUAAUAGCUGCUUUGAAGUUGCAAAAAACUGAAAACGAAGGUGAAAAUGAGCAUCUUUUAGUUUGUUUAUUGAUGGUGUUUGUAGCUGUUUCCAUACCAAAAUUGGCUCGUUCGGAUCAGUCGUUUUAUAGAGCUUCUCUGGAAGGUCAUACGAAUAAUAUUCAUUGUAUGGCUUUGGCGGUUAAUCAUAUCUUUGGAGCUUUAUUUACUAUUUGCGCCAGGGAUGAUAUUGAAGACAGGAUGAAGGAGUUUUUGGCUUUGGCUUCUUCAAGUUUGCUAAGACUUGGACAGGAAGCCGAUAAGGAAACUGUUAAAAAUCGCGAAUCGGUUUACUUGCUUUUAGAUCAAAUAGUGCAAGAAUCACCGUUCCUUACUAUGGAUUUGUUAGAAUCAUGUUUUCCUUAUGCGCUUAUUCGUAAUGCUUAUCACGAUGUCUACAAACAAGAACAAAAUAUGUAAUUUUAUGAAUCAGAAAAUAUAUAAUUUUGAUUAGUUAGUUGUAGGUACAAAUUAAUUGUUGCAAUAUAAUAUUAUAAUUGUGUAUUUAUUAUUAUUCCUUUUUUUUUAUUUAUUUAU